AUGUCUCGAAGUGCGGAUUUGACACUAAUAGAAGGGGAAGUUGAUGAAAAUGAGAUGUUUUAUAUAGUUGUUGGAGGACAUGAUUGUAAAAGAAUAAUUUGUGGGCUUGGAUCAUAUGACAUGUCUACUUUUCUUGAAAAGUCUUCUCAAAUGUGCACUUCACCGAAUACAAGUUCCGCAAAACAUCAUCUCGAGACUAAGAUUCGGAGACUAGAGGAAAUCAUAGAGCAACGACGAAUGGACUUGAAUGAUGUGAAAAGCAUGGUCAAUGAUAUGAGAAACAUAAUCAAUGAGUGA